UUUUUUCUUUUGAACUAUUUCUGUUAGUCCACGGACUGAAGUGAAUCGUGGCACCGCGGUUUUUACGCAUGGAGGUUGGAAUCAGCCUCCCCACAUUUACGCAUGGCUCUCUCCCCGCUCUGCAGAAGAUCCGGCCGGGCUGCUGAGAGCUUGUCAGGGUGUCAAAGGGGAGACGAGAGCGCCUAACCAUGCGGGGCGCCGAGCUGCUGCUCGGCUACUUUCUGGUGAAAGUUACGGUGUGCGACGCGGAGGGCGAGCCGGGUCAGAGCGUCGACGGCUUCAUGCUGGUCACCGGCUUCAACGAGUCCAAGGACGCCGGCAGCGGAGUGACGGAGAGCCCGCACGUCGAGGACAAGUGUCGCGGCUACUACGACGUGAUGGGCCAGUGGGACCCGCCGUUCACGUGCGAGACGGGGAACUACCUGUACUGCUGCGGCACCUGUGGCUUCCGGUUCUGCUGCGCCUUCAGGAGCUCCCGGCUGGACCAGACCACCUGCAAGAACUACGACACCCCGCCGUGGAUGAUGACCGGCAGACCCCCUCCCAAGGUGGACGUGGCGCUGGAGUCCGCCAAGGAUAAGACCAACCUGAUCGUGUACGUGAUCUGCGGGGUCGUGGCCAUCAUGGCUCUGAUUGGGAUUUUCACCAAGCUGGGUUUGGAGAAGACGCACCGUCCAAACAGAGAGAACAUGUCUCGAGCUCUUGCACAAGUGAUCCGCCACCCUGCCUCCGAACACACGGACGACAUAGGCUUCGGUCAACACUACGAAAACAUACAAACCAGAGUUAACAGUUUCCACAGCAGCCAGCUGAACAAUCUGGCUCACUCACCCACUCUGAUAAGUCAGCCGUACCCGGCCGUGGGACCGAUCACCAGCCCGUACGAGCAGCAGAACCCCGUGCCGGAUCUCAACAAGUACACCUCACUCAAGGCUGUGGCUGAGAAAGCUAAUGACAGCUUCCACAGCAGCCGGCGGCAACUUAUGGAGAUGGCGACCAAGGGAGGCCUUCCUAUGGAGGGCAUGGACAUGGAGCCCGAGCUGAGUAAUCCUUACAGCCCCCCCAGACAGCUGGCCGCCAAGCAGAACGGGCACAAGCACAAAAGCUCCAGGAGCCACAGCUCCCAGUCGCUGUGCUACAGCUCCAGCGCCGCCGCCAGCCCGGCCGUGCUCCGGUCCUGGGAGAGCAGGGAGACGCUGGGACUCCGGCAGAGCUACGGCCCAAAGAAACUCUGCAUCGUGGAGCAGGAGCUGCACAACGCCCGCUACCUGCCUCCACAGCCGUACUUUGUCACCAACAGCAAGACGGAAGUGACCGUAUGAGA